CCACCAUUUUUAAGCCCCCUCGGAUCUCCGCUCUCCCAUCUCUCUCUCUCUCUCUCUCUCUCUCUCUCUGUUGCGUUGAGGAAGAAGAAGAGAAACCUCCAUCGGAUAAUCUUCUUCUUUCUCACACAGACACACACCCUCUUUCUCUUUUCACCUGCGCGACUGCGUUCGAAACCCAGUUUGGUCUUUGCCCUUUUCGAUUCGAUCUGCUCUUGCGGACCUGCUAGUGGUCUCUUCUGCCAUUCGAUCCGAAGACAGAGAAGAAGAAGAAGAAGACAGCAGACAUGGCCGCCGUUAAUGGGCAGACCGAGGAUAGGUACCAAGGCAACACUCCGGCGGUCGCUCCCUCCCCCAAACAGCCUCUCCCCGCCGCAAAGAGUGUUGACACCCAAUCUGUUCUCAAAAGGUUGCAAUCAGAGUUGAUGGCUUUAAUGAUGAGCGGUGAUCCCGGGAUAUCGGCAUUCCCCGAGGAAGACAAUAUAUUCUGCUGGAAAGGCACAAUUACUGGAAGCAAAGACACAGUCUUUGAAGGCACGGAGUACAAGCUCUCCCUUGCCUUUCCGAAUGAUUACCCGUUUAAGCCUCCUAAGGUGAAGUUUGAGACCGCUUGCUUCCACCCGAACGUGGAUGUUUACGGCAACAUAUGCUUGGACAUUCUUCAGGAUAAGUGGUCAUCCGCUUAUGAUGUCAGAACCAUAUUACUGUCUAUCCAGAGUCUGCUUGGAGAACCAAACACGAGCUCUCCUUUGAAUCCUCAGGCAGCACAGCUAUGGAGCAACCAGGAAGAGUAUAGGAAGAUGGUGGAGAAGCUGUACAAACCUCCAAGCGCUGCUUAAGAGUCCAGAGAACGGCAUGGACCAUCAAUGACUGAACUUCUACAGUCCCAUGGACUUUGAGCUGUUUUACUUUUAGGAUUCAUUUUCUUAUGCUUCUAUUAAAGGUUUUUGCCCUUCACUGGUGUGGUGGCUGAUGUAACAAAUCCAUUUGUUGUUGACAUUGGAGGAUACAUAAUGGAAUGAUAUGAGGAUUGUUUUCAUAUA